CAUAAGUUGAGGGACUUAAUUGAUAUUCUUAAAAUAAUAAUUUGCCACUCAAGUAAGGUACGAGUCAAUAAGGGAAGGGAAGCGAAGCGCGCGGACUGCGACGCGACAAUCACGAAUGGAUCCUCGAAUCUGGCACAAGGUCGCUGCAAUCUCCGGUGUAGCGGCGCUUGGAUUGGGAACAUAUGGCGCGCAUGGUUUCAAGCCAAAAAAUCCGUCCUACAAAGAGGUGUGGCACACUGCAUCUCUCUAUCACUUGGUUCACACGGCGGCUCUGGUUGCUGCACCAAUGACUUCUCAUCCUAAUAUUUUUGGAGGCCUUUUAACUACCGGAAUCCUGGCAUUUUCGGGGACGUGCUACUUGGUGGCAUACCUAGAAGACAGAACGUAUUCUCGGAUAGCCCCAUUAGGUGGAUUCGCUUUCAUCGGUGCUUGGGCAAGCCUGCUCUUCUGAAUCAAUUAUCCUCCAUAGUGACAUUAAGCUAUGCCUACAUAGGUAAUCCUGUGGCUUCUCUAAGAACAUCCCAGUAUUGUUUCAACAAUAGUCCAUGUUAUAUUUUUGGACAGAGGAAUUGACUUCAGUGUGAAAUGUUGUAUGCCAUUUUGUUGGUUGCUUCCUGUGUCGAGUAUCCCUGGAAAUAUUUUUACUGAAUAAAAGAAAUGAAUGAGCUUCAAGUGAACUUAAAUUUUUACAUA